AUGGAAGCCAAAAAUGAGGAAUGCAGGACUGAUUUUGUAAAUGAAAAUACAAGAGGCCCCACAGGAACAUUGCCAAGUGGAACUCCAAUAUUCACAGUCACAAUAACAAACAAUUGCCCAACAAAUUGCAGAAUACUGGAUCUGCAUCUUAAUUGUGAGUCUUUCACAUCAGAAAUCCCUAUUCCUCCUAACAUAUUCAGAAGUGUGGGUACCAACGAUUGCCUUGUCAAUAAUGGUCUUCCUAUUGGGACUGGAAAUGUUGUCACCUUUGAAUAUGCUCAUCGUGAAAUGUUCGAUCUUCUUGUUUUAUCCGUAGACUGUGCACCCUGA